UGGUUUGCCACUACUGUAGUAAAGUGAGGUACACUUGGGGGCUGGGGCUGUUGGCGGCUGAUAAUUUCUCUCUUUCUCUCUCAGCGUGUUUGGUUCUGCCGUCCGACGGUCCAAAUUGUAGCUUCUGAUGGCUUUUUCUUCAUCAAUAUCAUCUUCUAUUCAGGGAUUAUCGUCAGCCAAUGCUGUUCCCCGUGAUGGGUCUGUCACAAAGAUCUGUCAAUCUACUCUAUCUUUCUUGCCAUGCCCUCUUAACAAAAUGAGUUUUACUUCUCAGUCCAAUUCAAGGAAGUCUUUGAAUAAGCAAGUUUUCGCUUCUGUUGCAGAUGUCGUAAAAGACACAUCUUUAGAAGAGGUUCAGAUUCCCAAGGGCGAUACCUCUGUGCAUAAAUUUGGUGGAACUUGUGUAGGAAAUUCCCAAAGAAUCCGCAAUGUUGCAGAUAUAAUAAUCAAAGAUACCUCAGAAAGGAAGUUGGUUGUUGUCUCUGCAAUGUCAAAGGUUACGGAUAUGAUGUAUGACCUUAUCUACAAGGCACAAUCAAGGGAUGAUUCAUAUAUUGUUGCCCUCGAUGCUGUUCUAGAAAAGCAUAGAUCGACAGCUGCAGAUCUUCUUGAGGGAGAUGAACUUGAUAGUUUUGUAUUCCGGUUGCAUCAUGAUAUCAACAAUCUCAAAGCAAUGCUUCGUGCAAUAUAUAUAGCUGGCCAUGCAACAGAAUCUUUUACUGAUUUUGUUGUGGGGCAUGGAGAAUUAUGGUCUGCCCAGAUGUUGGCGGCUCUUGUCAGAAAGAGUGGCAUGGAUUGUGACUGGAUGGAUACGAGGGAUGUCCUUAUAGUAAACCCUUCUGGUUCUAAUCAAGUAGAUCCAGAUUAUGCAGAAUCUGAAAAAAAACUUGAGAAAUGGUUUUCUCGAAAUCCAGCAAAGACCAUAAUUGCAACUGGUUUUAUAGCUAGCACACCACAAAAUAUCCCUACAACUCUGAAGAGAGAUGGGAGCGAUUUUUCUGCAGCUAUAAUGGGUGCUCUGUUCAGAGCACGUCAAGUCACUAUAUGGACAGAUGUUGACGGUGUCUACAGUGCCGAUCCCAGAAAAGUUAGUGAGGCUGUGGUACUGAGUACAUUGUCUUAUCAGGAGGCCUGGGAAAUGUCAUAUUUUGGGGCAAAUGUUCUUCACCCCCGAACCAUCAUUCCAGUGAUGCGAUACGGCAUUCCCAUUGUUAUAAGAAACAUCUUCAAUCUCUCAGCACCUGGAACAAUGAUUUGUCAAGCACCCAUUCGUGAGCCCGUUGAUGAACAAAAGUUGGAGUCUUUUGUGAAAGGGUUUGCUACCAUAGACAAUUUGGCACUUGUUAAUGUCGAAGGAACUGGCAUGGCUGGUGUUCCUGGUACAGCUAGUGCUAUCUUUGGUGCAGUGAAAGAUGUUGGAGCUAAUGUUAUUAUGAUAUCUCAGGCUAGUAGUGAGCAUUCUGUGUGCUUCGCUGUCCCCGAGAAGGAAGUGAAUGCUGUGGCCGAGGCUUUGCAGUCUAGGUUUCGUCAAGCUUUGGAUGCUGGGAGGCUUUCCCAGGUUGCAAUUAUACCAAACUGUAGCAUUUUGGCCACAGUUGGCCAAAAAAUGGCGAGUACUCCUGGAGUUAGUGCUACACUUUUCAAUGCACUUGCCAAGGCUAACAUAAACGUCCGUGCUAUUGCACAAGGUUGCUCAGAGUACAAUAUCACAGUAGUUGUAAAACGAGAAGACUGUAUAAAGGCACUAAGGGCUGUGCACUCCCGAUUUUAUCUCUCGAGGACCACAAUAGCAAUGGGUAUUAUUGGACCUGGAUUAAUUGGUGGAACAUUACUUGACCAGCUCAGGGAUCAGGCGGCAAUAUUGAAGGAGCGGUUUAACAUUGAUUUACGUGUUAUGGGCAUCACUUCCUCAAAGAGGAUGCUCUUGAAUGAUACUGGCAUUGACUUAUCAAGAUGGAGAGAACUUACAAAGGUGGAUGGAAAGACUGCUGAUAUGGAGACGUUUGUUCAACAUGUUCAGGGAAAUCAUUUUGUUCCAAAUACUGUGUUGGUUGAUUGUACAUCAGAUUCCAAGAUUGCAAGCCACUAUUGUGAUUGGUUGCGUAGAGGUAUCCAUGUGAUCACCCCCAACAAGAAAGCAAAUUCAGGCCCACUUGAUCAGUAUUUGAAGCUGAGAGCUCUUCAACGGCAGUCAUACACACAUUACUUCUACGAGGCUACUGUUGGGGCUGGUCUUCCAAUCAUUAGUACUUUACAAGGUCUUCUUGAAACGGGUGAUAAGAUAUUGAAAAUUGAAGGAAUUUUCAGUGGGACUCUGAGUUACAUCUUCAACAACUUCACAGGCUCAAGAGCUUUCAGUGAGGUGGUGAAGGAGGCCAAAGAAGCAGGUUACACGGAACCUGAUCCCAGGGAUGAUUUAUCUGGAACAGAUGUUGCUAGAAAGGUAAUAAUUCUUGCCCGAGAAGCUGGUCUAAAGCUAGAACUUUCAGACAUCCCUAUUGAAAGCCUGGUGCCGGAACCACUUCAAGAUUGUGCCUCAGCUGAAGAAUAUAUGAAGCAAUUACCUGAAUAUGACCAGGACAUGACUGACAAAAAGAAUGAGGCAGAUGAAGCUGGAGAAGUGUUGAGAUUUGUUGGUGUAGUUGAUGUGGUGAAUCAAAAAGGGGUGGUGAAAUUGGGAAGAUACAAGAAAGAUCAUCCAUUCGCUCAGCUUUACGGUUCUGAUAACAUUAUAGCUUUCACCACUGAAAGGUACAACAAGCAGCCUCUUAUAGUCCGUGGACCUGGUGCUGGAGCCGAAGUCACAGCCGGGGGAGUUUUCAGCGACAUUUUGCGGUUGGCAUCAUAUCUUGGCGCUCCUUCGUAAUUGGUUAACUAGUUACGCCUGCUAUUGUAAUCUUGGUUUUAGUAAUUCAGAUUUCAUUUCUUCUUCUUAGAAAUUUUGAAAAGAGGAUUUGUUAAAGUAUUUGGUGUUCAAAAAUUUGAAAAUUCAAAUAUUGGCAUUUGAGUUUAAAACAAGUGGUAGAUAAAUAAGUUGUUUUAAUUUGGA